CGAUUGCAACUGGAGCCACCGGAGAGGGUGACGGAGCUUUCGCUACUCCGGCUGUCCCAACAGAUGGAUCCACUGCUAGCAAAAACCAUCGCAGCAAUGUCCGGAGCGUCAUUGACCGCUGUAACUAUCUUGCCAGUUCACCGGCAUCUGCUGCAUCAUCAAGAGUGGCAUCUUCUCAACUCUUUUCAUCGUCUCUUGUACGUAGCGGAACGGCGCAGCUACCAAAUGAGCUUUGUGUCUGCUUUUACGAGGGAGGUGCUGUCCGGGCUCAAAGAGUAACGGGCUUUUGGGAUGCGCUGAUACAAGUCGCGCGUUUCGAAGGCAUUAGAGGUCUAUGGAAGGGUGUUGCAGUACCCUCGCAAUCUGUUUAUAUGAUCACUUAUGAUCACUUACUCAACAAAGUAUUCCCGCAUCUUUCGCCCAAUCCCGCCAUGACGCCAUUACUCUCUGGAAUCGCGGCUCGAACGAUCAUCAGUACCGUUGCAUCUCCACUAGAAUUGCUCAGGACAUCACUGCAAUCUACACCUGCCAACCCCAAUGUACCGCAUACUCUCUCAUCCGUACUCGUGUCCACAAGAGCUCUUGUGCGGUCACAAGGUAUAGGUGCGCUAUGGAGAGGGCUCACUCCCACUCUGUGGCGAGACGUCCCCUUCUCUGGCGUGUAUUGGGCUAGUUAUGAAGCAUGGAAGUCGAUGUUCCGUACACGAUACAAGCGACAAGGGGCACCAUAUGAAUUCAUAUCGGGAGCUGCCUCAGGCAUUACUGCUGCCGUACUAACACAUCCAUUUGAUGUUGCCAAAACAAGACGACAGGCUCUAGUAUUGUCACAGGAGGGAGUUCCUCCUCAAACAAUGCGGUUCCUAACCAAAAUCGCCACCCAAGAGGGUAUCUCCUCUCUCUACACUGGUAUAGUCCCUCGACUAGCCAAGAUCGCCCCAGCUUGCGGGAUCAUGAUUGCUAGCUAUGAAGGAGUUGGCCGUUAUUUCAUGAGAAAAAGAGAAGUCCCCUGA